CUUCCAUCAUUAAAUUUAAUACUUAUCCUUUCAUUUAAUUAACCCACCCACCUAACAAAUUAAGUGCUCCUUCAAUUCCCCCCUUUCACGUGAGUUUACUCACACUCCCACCUUCUCAUUUCUAGAAACCUCUCACAAGUCACAACUCAUCUCUCUCUCUCUCUCUCCAACUCCCCCAAAAAUCACGAUGAAGAACCCUAGUUUUUUCCUCCUCUCAAUCGAUCAAAUUUUCGUUGUGCAUGUAAUUUUUUUUGGUGAAUAAAUCAAAUUCAACUUCAAAAAUCUACACGUGAUCUUUAAAUUACUCGAUUUCUGGGUUUUGAUCUUCAAAUUUCUGGGUUUGAUCUUCAAAUUUCUGGGUUUUGAUCUACAAAUUUCUCGGUUUUUAUCUUAAAAUUUCAGGGUUUCUGGGUUUUGAUCUUAAAAUUUCUGGUUUUUGAUAUUCAAAUUUCUGGGUUUGAUCGAUUUCUGGGUUUUGAUCUUUAAAUUUCAGGGUUUUUAUCUCCAAAUUUCUGGGUUUCUGGGUUAUGAUCUUACAAUUUUUGGGUUUGGAUCUUCAAAUUUCUGGGUUUGGAUCUUCAAAUUUCUGGGUUUUUUCUUUUACACGACUUCAAUCAUAAUUUGCUUGAUCUUGGAUCGAUUAUGUCUUCAUCGGAAGAAAAUACGCGUCGGGGUAAGAUCCUAAGUAGGUGGGUAAGGAGAUCAGAAAGGGCCAAGAGAUCGAGAAAUUGGAAGGCUGAACCAGAUUCUACAUCAUCUUCUGAAGAAUCUGACGAGUUCAUCCCUAACACAGACGAUGAAGGUCAAGAUCAGCCUGACCCGGAAAUCGAUCCAGACGGCUAUUGCAAGUAUUUGAAAGGGAAGUUGCGUGCUUACAACAACCCCGCUCAGGGACUAAGGUCUUCAAAGAAGGUGGAACCUAAAUCCACCACCUCUACAACAAUCCAACAACAACCAUCACCUGCUUGGCCAAUGAGGCCAAUGAGGCUUCCGUUUUUCUAUUGCACGCCUCCCGUCGUUUUAUUUAAGGGUACAAUGCCAACUUCCCCUCCACAAGAUUCUCUAAUGAAUGAUGAAAAUUUAGUUGCGCCAGAGAUGCCUAAUCAUAUAAUCUGGUCUGCUGAUCGAUCACGUGAAAGGAACCCCAAAUUUGGAGUGAGUAAUCUUGAUAGCCCCUCACCUUCACCUCCACCGGAUAAUUAUGAUUCGGAUGAGACUCGGUCUACUUGAUCUGGUAUUGUGAGCGCUUCAAAUCCAGCUAAGUCAGACUUUCUAACCCACUCUACAAUUAAUCAUUGUUAUUGGGUAUUAUGUUGCCUUGUGUUGUUUCUUGUUGGUUGGGUUGCCUGUUUGGUUGAUGCUGGUUGGGUUGUGUUGUUGGUUUGGUUGCCUGUUGGUUCGAUGCUGGUUGGGUAUUAUGUUGCCUUGUGUUGUUUGUUGUUGUUUCUUGUUGGUUGGUGUUGCUGGUUGGCCUGCUGGUUGGGUAUUAUGUUGCCUCCUGUUGUGUUUCUUGUUGGGUUGAUGUUGCUGCUGCCUGUUGUUAGUUGCCUGUUGUCAGUUGCCUGUUGUUAGUUGCCUGUUGUUAGUUGCCUGUUGUUAGUUGCCUGUUGUCAGUUGCCUGUUGUCAGUUGCCUGUUGUUAGUUGUCUGAGUCACAAGGAGGUUAAAUGAUGAAACAAAAUUAAAAAAUUCAAUGGAUGUUUGAGGGAUCAAGGUGCUUGCUACCAAAUUGGUGCACCUAUUUCUAAAUUGUGUGAUCGUCACAUGAGUUAGAUUGGUGUUCCCAAUUUACGUGAGGCAACACUUCUGUUAUGCUCACAUCCAUUAUGUAAUGCUCAAUGAUGGAAUCCUGAGAGCUUUGUUAUUAAACAUAAGUGUCGAUCAUAAAUACGAAUAACAUGAAAUCAGCAAUGCCUAAUAAGGUGCUCCAUUCCAUUCAUUUGCCAUCUAGUUUUUUACAAAAGUAGUUGGAUUUACAUUCAUUUACCAACUGGUUUACCUCUAAUUUCAUCACAAAAACUAAAAGUUUUCUACAUCUUCACAAAAUGUCAAUGUCUUCAAAUUAAUUACAAAUAUUCUUUGAUCUUCACAAAAUGUUUUUGCAUAAACGUUGAAUCUUCACAAAAAGUUGUUCUUCUUCACUCCGGGUUUGUCCAAAAAGUUUCUUUCUUCUUCAAUUGGUAGGCCCCCUUGCUAAAAUCUUCCUGCUUUCUUCUAUCAGCUCUUCUGGAACCUCCACUUGAGUUGGGAGAAUACCCAACCUGUCCAUUGCAUGCUUUUUGUUAUGGGGGUUUUUGUAUUUAUUUGACCCUUCAACUUUCAGUAUCUCCAACAUGCAAUAUUGAAGAUGUAGCCAAUUGUAGUUCACGAGUCUUGGUUCAUAAGCUUGAAAAGCAUCUUCCACUGAUUUUAAAAGUUCCUUUGUAUCCUUAGGAAAGGCCUUGUAUUGUAGUGAUUGAAUAGCUCUGAAAAACCCCAAGUCUAACACAUUCAAAUCUGGGCUUUGUGCUGGUUGGCAUGUUAAUCUGAUUUUAAAACCGUUUUUAGUAGCUGCUGCUCUAAAUUCGGCAUCAUCGACACUUAUGUGUGGCUUAGCAUUAUCUUGUUGAAUCCAUAUCUCCUUGCAUGCAUUAGCAGGCCAUUUGGCCAUGAUUGCUGGCAGCACUUCUUCAAUGAGUUUUGCUCUGAUAACCUCCCUAGUGAUACUUACAAUCGCCUUUGUUUCUGGUGUGCCCCUGUCUCUGUUUUUUGAGCUUCUUUGUGCUUCGACAGUGUAAGUGAAAGGAAACAUACCAAUCUUCCCAUCCCACAAUAUUUCUCCAUUUGUUCCUAGGAUAGGUCUGGCUACGCAACCCAUGAACAUCAUCUUUGGUAUGUAGUUUUUGUUUUGGCAUGCUCUAUAAGGUUCGUCUUCCCAUGGAAAAAGAUAAAACUUCUGACUUUUUUGACUCAUGUAAAACCAUUUCUCAUCAAUGUGAAUUACAUUGUACAUUGCUGAAAAUUUAGGUGGUGUGUUCACAUUUCUAGGAAUAAUUUGCCUCAAAACAUGUGCAAUUCUAGCUAUCUUGUGAGUAGGUGUGACAGAAGGUUUAAGGCUGCUGCUACAUGCUCGUAUUUUCCCUGAUUUAAUUAGUUUAUAAACUGUUGAUGGAUGAAUGUCAAGUGCAUCUGCUAUUUUUCUGAUUGUGGUUCUUUUUUCUACCGGUAUAGCAUGUAGUCGAUCUAAGUCCCAAUCCUUACACUUCCUUCCCACCUUACCAGGUUUCUGCCCCUUCACAUCUAUCGUUUCCCCCCUUCUAAUUUGUAUUUUUGCUUUUGACCAAUACCUCCAAACAGUGGUUCUGUAAACAUUAAACUCUAGAGCAAUUUCAAUUUGUGCACGUGGAGGUAUUUUUAAUUCAUCAUUUGCAAGCAAAAGAAGUUUGUCAAUCAUGUGUUUUCUUUGGAAAUCGGUUAAUUCACGUGAUUGUGUUGUUCUACCCCCUAAGUUACGAAUAGGUAUUUGAUUAUCAUUAUUUAAAACUGCUGAAUUUUCUACCUUUUCAUCAUUUUCAGAUUCAUCAUCAGAAUACCAUACCUCCAUGUCCGGAUCAAACUCGAGUAGUUCCUCAAGUUCAAGAAGUUCCUCAACCGAAUAAUCGUCCAUUUGUUGCUGUUGAUGUUGUUGCCGGUUCGUGCCUGCCUUUUGGUGUUCUGCGCUGUGCUUCCUCGUGACCAGAAUUUUGCCCGAAAGUGAUGUGUGUGCAAGUGGAAGAUUACAUUUAAGUGUUGGUUUGAAGAAUUGUGUUUUUUAGAUGUGUACUGUUAUCUGAAAAAUGAGGCUUUUGCUUGUUUUUAUAGUUGAAUUUUUUUUGUACUUGCUGUUAAAAUAUUGGAGGGAAAUUUGAACUGUUUUCAGCCUCCAAAUUUGGUGAAAUUCAGAAAAGGGUUGUAGUUGUUGUUAACAUUUUGGAGGGAACUUUUGGAGGGAACUUUACCAACAAUUUCAGAAA